AUGGAUUCUGACAAUACACAAGACUCACCAGCUUCUACCGAAAAUGUCAGUUCUAUUGAAAUCAAAGGCGAAUCUAACAACAUUGACUCAAUUGAAGCCGUAUCUUCUGCAGCAGACACUACUCGUGAGCUGGAAAGUUCACACGAACUUUUAACAAAGAUUGAAUUGGAUUUGGCUUGCUCCACUGAAAAAUUAGUCAAUUUGGGCAUACUUCUUAUUCACGUGGCUUCAAGGGAAAAUGAUUUCGAGGCUUUUUGUUCGGACGAAGGGAAUAAUGAUGGCCUUGCUGAGAGAGCAUUAGAAUUCAACCUUUUAUAUGGGUUUUUGGAAUCUGAAGUGCGAGAACAGGAGAGCUUUCUAUCUGAUCUUCAGAGAGAGAUGAAUAGCUCCCGGGAGUUUAUAUCUUCGUUCGAGGGACUCGGAUAUGAUCUUAGGGAAUUGGAAGAAAGGCUGCAAGAUUGUGUGGAUUCUUUGAAGCUGUCGUUCGAGCAGGUCUCGGAUAUAAAGACACAAUCUGCUAGCUUCGAGAGGAUCUUGCUAACUUCAUCUGGAGAUGAAAAGUGUAGAGAUGAAAAGGAGCUUUCCGGUUUGGAAAACGACAACAAUUCAGAUAUAAACGCGAAGAUAAAAAUGCAGACUGCAGAACAGCAGAGAGAAAUCUUGAGGAUGCUUGAGAAGUCUUUGGCCCGGGAAAUGGACCUCGAGAAGAAACUAUCCGAGUCGAGGCAAACAGAAGAAGAGUUAAAAUUCAGGUUGCAACAAGAAGUGUACUGCAUGGAGGAAGAAGCUGAAGAUAUGUGGGAGAAAUUAUUCGAGGCCGAAAAUAGUUCAGAAAUCCUCUCGGGCAUCUCAAAAGAGCUAUUGUUUAGUUUAAACGGGUCGAACCAGAGAGAAGGGGAAUUAAAAUCCAAACUUGAAGACCUUAUCGAGCAGUCGAGAGAAAAAGAUCGCAUUUUGGAGGGCUCCGAGCGUUCGAGUGCCGAUCUUUUGGAAAAAGUUCACUCACUCGAGCAGAAACUGAAGGAUUCUUUAGAAAAAUAUGAAGAUUUGGAGGUGAAAGCUACCGAAGCCGUAAAAAGAGCCGAAUUUACUGAAGCCGAGUGUAAAUCUCUUAAAGAGUCUAACUCGGAGCUUGAAAAAGACAUUGCCUGCUUGAAGAAUCGUGUAUUUGAUGCAAACGAGAGGGUUGAACAGCUAGAGAGGCUUUUGAAAGAGUCCGAACAUAAUCGAGUGCAUGCAGUGGCAUCUGCUGAAGCUAGUCAAGAAAAACAAAGUAUGUUAGAGAAUACAAUUAAAGACAUGGAGGAUUUAAUAAGAGAUUUGAAAUCCAAGGUUUUGAAGGCCGAAAAUCAGACAGAGAUUGUCGAGGAGAAGUGUAUUGUGUUGUCUGAGUCGAAUUCGGAGCUUGGUGAGGAAAUCAAUUAUCUGAGGCGUAAGGUAGAACAAUUGGAGAUUUCUCUGCAUGAGGCUGAUGAGGCGAAGGAGAAGACUGCGAAAGAUAUAAGGGUCCGGACGAAAUUGAUCACAGAUUUGGUGAUGCAGUUGGCUGUCGAGAGGGAACGCCUUCGAAAGCAGAUAUCGUCACUAACAAAGGAGAAGAAAGUUGGUGCGAAAUAUUUACAGCGCAUAAGGGAGCCUACUGUUACGGUGACUGAAAGCCAUGAAGAUGCUGAGCUUGGCAAUGAACACAGCAAUUCGUCAAGUACCGAGGAUGAGCUCAACGCUGUACGAAAUAUAGAUGCCAGGCAACUCAACUGUAAAGCCAUCUUGAUGCAACUUCUUUUUGUGGCAAUUCCAUUAUUUACAGGUUUUUUCUUUAAAAAGUCGGGGGUUGAAUCUUGA